GUAGCACCAAACUAACAACGGUCGGCGUCGUCUCGAGUUUUUUUUUCUGUUGUCGCUCGCGCGCCGUUCUCUCCUUCCUUUCUGUGUAUCACAUAUUUAGUAGCACUUCUUCUUCCGUCGAGUCAAGACGCGCGCGAAUCGUCGUCAGUUUCAAAGUGGCCUUCUUUAGAAAUUACCUCGUAACUUUACGAUUUAAAUUGUCCCCGUUUUCGUACGUUUAGUCGGAAACGUUCCGUUGCCUGAAAUCACUCCAAGCAUUCGUGUGUCGGUAGCUCCAUAGUGUAGGAGGAUCUGCUUUAUUGGGUGUGAUUGGCCCACCGGCUCCGACUAUUUAGGUCAAUGAAAAGUGGUAUAUUUUCGACUGCAUUGUGUACCAGUGAGGAAUAGUAUUGCCGAUAAGUUUUAUCAAUUAUAUCUGGAUGGAAUGUAGUGUGAGUCAAGUAACGUUACAUAACGUCAUCGGCUAGUGAGCGGAGUUUGUGGUGCCUGGUCCAUAUCGAGCUAGCGAAUUGAUUCAUUCAUUGAGUAAACUCGAGACCUACGCAGUAGCCAGUGCAAAUCAUCAUACGAUCGCCUUUACUGGCGGGGAUCCUGUUGAGAAUAGUGGUCGAAGUACCGCAACCCCGAAGAGUAGGAACGUGCGUGGGGAGGUGUUGGGAGGAAGCGCGUUGGCUGGCGAGUAUAGCGAGAGUGAAACCGUUUGUGGCUGAUUUGUUUAUUUCCAAACACAAAGCUGUGAUUGGUAGAGCCAGUAGCCGUCACGGUAGCAGCUUCAGGCCGACAGAUCUAAUUGAUUUCCAGCAGACGAUAACCGACUGAAUCGCGCCGAACAGGAUGACGAUAUUUAGCUUUUAUGGAAUGAGGACGAAGGUCCCGAAGCAAAAGGACAAAAUGACAACAGGAGGCCAGCUGCAAAGUUCGGAGGAUACCACCACCCAGCAGCAGCACCAUCAGCAGAUUUCGAACAUAGCAGGGACGAUCAUCGAUGCCGUUCAGAAACAAUAUCUUCCAAACCACCCAAACCACCACCACCAUCACCAUCAUCAUCACCUGCAUCAUCAGCACGCACAUCUACCUCAGCUGCACCCGUUCUCAUCUUCGGUGACCGGAGGCAGCACCGGACUGCUAGCCGGAAGUAUCGGUGGCUCGGCACCCUCAACGUUGACCAGUGGAACGAAACUACCUGCAAAAAAUUCACCUCUAGGACCGUCCCCCUUCCGGCAGCUACUUCCGGUGGCACUGUGCAUCAUCUCGUUCGCCACCGUCCUGAGCAUACUGGUCAUCUACAUGGACACGACAGAAAUACGGCAUCAACAGUUUCGGCUGAACAUGUCCCGCGACUAUGAUUUGAUGGGCGUCCCGCAGGAUAAUCCGGCACUGGUGAAAUACGUUCGAGACAUCCAUAUGAAAAAGUAUCCGAUGACGUUCAUGCGAAAUGCCAACGCUCCAGUGGAACAUCUAAACUUUACCAACCGGCAUGAACUGACCCCGGAGAUGGCUCGUUUUGUGUCUGAUCUGCUGGGGAAGAAGAAAUUCGGAACAUUCUUCCAGUCGCUAACUGGCAUUAGCGAUUCAAUGAUGACUGCUCCCUGGCUAGCAGAAACCAUGAACUGGGGCGGUUAUCUGGUCGAACCGGAUCCACGGAAAUAUUUCUCCCUCCGCAAACAGAACGCUUUUCGUUCCAACGUGCAGGUUAUUCACGCGUGUCUAUCGCCCAACACCUACCCCAAAGAGGUCACGCUUCAUCACGACGACGACAGCGAGGUACGAAUCAACAGUGUGCUGGAUGAGGAGACAGAAUGGUUCCACCCACGCGUCAAGUGUUUCCCGGUCUACACGCUAAUGUUGGCUGUCAACAGGACUUCGAUCGAUUUGCUCAGCCUUGGUUGCCAGGGCCAGGAACUACAGAUCCUCCAGACGAUUCCGUUCGAUCGAGUACACAUCAAGGUGAUCUCGAUUCAUCUGGUACACUACUACGAGGAGGACGAAUUGAUCAUCGACGUAGACGAGUACGUCCAGAAUAUUACACGUUUCCUGUUGAGCAAAUCAUACAAAAUUGUCCGCAGCUAUGAUCGUAACUUUAUCUAUCAGUACGUGAGCGCACACGGUGGCCUGGAGGGAAGCAUAAGUCGUGUCAACAGUGUAGUCGGUGUACCGGAUAUCGUGGCGGCCGAGAAUAGUGGAAGCAGCGGCAUUAGUAACAUAAAAACUACUAGCAACAAAAUUAGUACCAGCGAGAAAGGGGAACUUAUGCGUAAAGGUAUUGGAACCACUUCUUCGCCAUUGCCGAAAAGCAGCGCCUCGACUGUGAGAGUUACCACCACAUCCGAAAGCUAUGCUUCUGAUAGUACGGAAAAGGUAGAAAUUGCUGCGGGGCAGGCGGACGAAUCAGAUGCGCUGAUGCAUGUUACAAGUUCCACCAGCUCACCGCCGAUGGUCACUUCUCUGUGAACCCGAACCGGGUAGCGUCCAGCAGUUGAUUUUUCUCCUGACAUCAAAUCGAAAUAGUAUGAAUUUUAAAGAUGAAACUAAAGCUACCAAAUCAUCAUUCCAGAAAAGCAAUUGCUCUCUAUUCAACUUGUGGCUAGUAAAUCCACACGAAACAAUUCCCUGUAGAUAGCAGCGUUAGGAGUUAAGCGAAGAAUGAAUCAAAAAUCUCGUAGCGUACGAGAUUCGUUAUCCUUAUUUUGAGUCUGAACUGAAACUCGGUCAUUUUUUAACGUUUUUUUUGUCGUUUUAUCAACACUAUGUGCAUGAAUUAUCAAAUGUUUAGUGAAGAUAAAUUUAGAAGACAACUUAAUCAAUAGAGAAGAAAGAAUAGUUUCAUAUUUAUUAACUAUAGCAUUUAGAUAAAUCGCCAGUUUUCGAAAGCGAUUUAUUUCCCUUAUCAUUAUGAUCUUUAUCACGAUACACAUAAAUAUUUUAUUUUGGAUUUGAUAAAACGAUUGCUCAACCAAUGGAUGGAUAGAAAAAGAAACGAUGAACUUUGAUUUGAAUACAAGCCAGAGAAGUACGGUGUGGAAAUCAAACUGCACUUGAAAUGCAUUUGUUUAAAGUAUUCUAAGAAAACGAUUUUAUGUCAUUCGCCCGAAUUCCAUAUUACCCUUACUGAAUCAUCCGAUGUUGGCUCUGUGGCAGCAAAUCGUUCCAGUUUGUCAGUUCCGUUCAAACGUCAGCGAUGGAAAGUCAUUAAUAUCACUAUACUUCAUAAUCUUCUACACUUUAACUAAAAGUGCCUUCAUAACAAUGAAUAAAUCUUGUACAGCUAACGUGACGAUUUCUCUUGAAUAAUCAAUGAAGACAAAUAUAAACUGAAACGACCUGUUACACUUAGCUAAGUACUAUUGUCUGGAAGGAUGUUUAGUGAGCACUAGCUAGUAUAACUAGAUGUUAUCUUCGCCAGAAACCGUCAACGACGUAUAUUUUGAAAAGAAGUUUUCCAGGGGUCCACAGCGGAAAGACGCGCCAAAGCUUUGCUUAAUGAACGAGGCCGACUUACCUGUGAGAAGAGUCCCAACUGAUAACAUAAUAACAUCAUUCAGACCAAGGAUUGUCAAACCUCACAUCUAAGUUAGGCGACUUGAUCAGGAUAGAUUCUGAAGUGACAUUUUCGAUAAUUGUGAAAUAAGGUUGCCUACGGAGAAGUGAGGUUUGUUUUCCCACGUCAGAGCUCCGGGCGAACGCACUAAAUCGACACAAUGAAAUUCUUUCUAUCAUUCAUAAAAAACCUCCAUUUUUGGCGAAUGUUAUUUAAUCGAUAAUUGUAUUCCGUACAUAUUCGCGUUUGAAAUUUUAAGAAAUUACCGUUUUUUUAAUAUGAAUAGAGUAACUUUUUAACUUUAAGUGUAAACUGCAUUAUUUUCAGCAUUUCUCGAUAUUUUAGCAUUUUAUUUAACCCGAAGUACUUGUUAAACCAGAACGACAACGACACAAGCGGUAACACAGAAUUCCUGGAUAGGUAAUACAAAUGAAUGUAGUUUUAUACAUUUAUCAUUAGGAAGUGAAUUUAAAAAUAAAAGCUUGUGAGGCAAAAAGACAAGCAACACAACACUGAUUGAUUACUUAUCGUAUUUACUCCUGUUGAAAAUAACACAGUAAGAGAAUGUAAUGAAAGAAAGAUUAUCUGCGGUACUUUA